CAUUUUAUCAUCUUCCGGAAGCGACAUCCAACGAGGCAAAGGGGAGGAGAUUUUCCUUAUCCUCCUAAUGCCGCUUCUCCUGCGCCUCCGACCUCCGGCGGCGGCGCCGUCGCCGCCGUACCGGCGAAGCUCCGGCUGUUCUGUCAGCAGAGCCCAUCUCGUCUUCUCCGAGACCUCCGAGCGAAUGUUUCUUGUUCCAUCACUCGUUGACCAAGUUGCAAGGCUUUCCUCGUGUGCCCAGUGUUCUGCAGCUCGAUGUGUAUCGUCAACAAUGGAUUCUGCUCGUCCUACGAGUGAUGGUGUUCAUAUCGCUAAUGUGCACGGUCAUUUUCUUAUCAAGUCUACAUCUGAUCUGCAGAAAGCUGUAUCUUCUUGUUUCGGGAAAGCAUUUGUUGUCAGCAGUGCUGCCAUGCUUGCUCUGCCACCCAGCUGUUUUGCAGAAUCGUGUGAACAAGGGUACUCUCUUCCUAACAUGCCUUUGCUGUUUGCGAUUGCCAUGGUCGGUGCUACUGUUGGAGGGCUCCUUGCGAGACAAAGGAAAGGGGAGCUUAAAAAGCUGAAUGAUCAGCUACGUCAAAUAAAUGCUUCACUGAGGAGACAAGCCAAGAUUGAAUCUUAUGCUCCUGCUUUGAGCUAUGCACCGGCUGCUAGUAAGAUACCAGAAUCAGAAGUCAUUGUUGAUCCACAAAAACAGCGCUUAAUUUCAUAUCUGAGGACUGGGAAGAACUACCUGAGAAACCAAGCCCCUGACAAAGCAUUUCCUGAGUUUAAGGCAGCUCUUGAUCUCGCACAAUCUUUGGGUGAUCAUGUUGAAGAGAAGAAGGCAGCACGAGGAUUAGGAGCAUCAUUGCAAAGACAAGGAAAUUACAAGGAAGCAAUAAAGUACCACUCCAUGGUGCUUAGCAUCUCCAAGAUGACUGGGGAGGAUUCGGGUGUCACGGAGGCGUACGGGGCAAUAGCCGAUUGCUACACUGAACUUGGUGAGCUCGAGAAGGCAGGCAAGUUCUAUGACGAGUACAUCGCAAGAUUGGAGAAUGACUGAAACCAAGACUUUCUAACUUGUAGCAGCUGUGAGAUGGCACGUUGUUCGCUAGUCAUGUAAUGUUUUGUAGAUGUGCAGUUCCUGGUCGUAAACUCAGUUUUAUCAUAUCUAUGAAGUUGUUUAUGCGCAAAACUAAUAAUAUCUAUGAAGUUCUUUUGCUGAGAUCA